GGAAGAGCUCCCCUGACCCAGUUCGCCAAACAAAGCGCACGACUACGUCAGGACCUCGACGCGGAAGAAAUCAAUCAUCUUCUUUCUGAUAUUACAAUCAUCUGUUGUUUGUAAACAAAAAGGAUCCGUUUCUGGUAUUGUUUACUGGAAGCAUAUCUGAUCGCGCAACUCCACACAUCCACCGAGUCGCAUUCGCCAGGACCCGUUCUAUCUAUCUCUUGUCGCUACAACGCCAGCCAUGGACUCGUCCGCAAACACAGCGAGUGAUCCGGCAUUAUCGCCACUAUUGCAGGCUUUGAGCGCACUCUACGCGGGGAACUCGGAUGCGCAGACAAAGGGACAAGCUGGUCAAUAUCUUGAGCAGUUUCAGAAAUCGCCUGAGGCAUGGACUUUGACUCAUACGAUUCUGUCGUCGCCUACUCAGCCGAUGGAGGCCAAAGUGUUUGCUGCGCAGACGCUUCGAAGUAAGAUCAUUUAUGACAUGCAUCAGCUUGCAGAGGAGAACAAACUUGAGCUGCGAAAUUCAAUAGUCACUCUCUUGGUCUCAUACAAAGCCGGACCCAAGCUAAUUGUCACACAACUCUGCCUCGCACUCGCCAACCUAGCAAUCCAGCUCACGGAAUGGAAGAACGCAAUUGAAGAAGUUAUAACCGCCUGUGGUAACGACGCGACUUCUGCACCGAUUGUUCUGGAGUUUCUCAAAGUCCUUCCGGAGGAGGCUAGCGACAUUCGCAAGAUCCCUCUCUCGGGUGACGAAUUGCGCGAGCGAACCAUGGAGCUGUUGCAGAACAAUGCUAAUCAGGUGAUGAAUAUCCUGAUUGCAUAUGUGGAGGCUGCCGAGACUCCAAAGUCAUCGUAUGCUUUGAUCUUCGAGUGCCUCAACUCUUGGCUCCGUGAGGUUCCUUUGGUGCGCAUAGUCAAUUCUCCUUUGCUCGGCCUUGUCUUUCAAGCGCUUGAGAAUGACGAUCUUUUUGACGCCGCGACCGAUUGCGUGUGCUCUAUGAUUCGCGAGACCCGUGACGUUGAUGAAUCUAUGGAUGUUAUCCCGACACUCUACACUAAAAUCAUGGAGCUUCGACCUAAAAUUGCCGGCUCAGCAGAGGAUCCGGAGGCGUUCAGAAACUACACCAGAAUAUUUGCUGAUGCUGGUGAGGCAUGGCAUAUGCUUGCUGCGCGCAACCCUGCACAGUUUAGACCUAUGGUUGAAGCUGUGGCCGAAUGCGCUGCAUAUGACGAGGACCUUGAGGUUGUACAGUUUACGUUCUACUUUUGGUAUCUCCUAAAACAGAUGCUCGUUCUGGAUCGGUACGAGACAGCGCGGAGGGAGCUGAAGGACAUCUACCUGAGCUUGGUGGAUGUCAUCAUCAGUCAUUUGAAAUAUCCUUACGAAGAACAUGGAGGUGAUUUGUUUGGAAAUGACAAGGAGCAGGAGGAAAAAUUCAGGUCGUUCAGACAUGAGAUGGGAGACGUUCUUAAAGACUGCUGCGCGGUGGUUGGUCCUUCGUUUGCUUUACGAAAGGCAUAUGUCAAGGUCAAUGACUGUAUACAAGCUCAGAAGAGCGGCCAGAACGUGCCGUGGCAGGACAUCGAAGCGCCGAUCUUCAGUAUGCGCGCGAUGGCGCGGGAAGUCGAUCUUGAUGAGACGCAUGUGAUGCCCGAGAUUAUGGAUCUGUUGGUCCAGCUUCCGAAACACCCCAAGGUUCAAUUUGCGGUGAUUUUGGUUCUCGGCCGGUAUACAGAAUGGACCGCAAAGCAUCCCAAGUAUCUUGAUAUGCAGCUGCCCUAUAUCACUGGCGCGUUCCAAGACGGCGAUGCUGAUAUUGCCGGUGCCGCAGCGCAGUCUAUGAUGCACUUUUGUCGCGAUUGUGGACAGCAUCUGGCUCCGUAUAUUGAUCAGCUGCACAGCUUUUAUGAGCAGGUCGCCCCUAGAAUUCAUCUUGACUCGCUGUAUGACCUUACGGACGGUGUGGCUCAUUUGGUAGCUGCCCAGCCCAUUGACAAGAUUUACGAGCAUCUAAAGUCGUUCUGUAUGCCGAUUGUCCAGAGACUGUAUGCGAGAACGAGCCAGACGAUAGACGAGGAUAACUGCCGAAAGGCAGCAGACGAGCUCGAGCUUUUGGAUACGUUUGCGCGCCUGGUGCAUCCUUCAGUCGAGCGCGGGACGGCUAACCCGUGUAUGCAAUUCUGGAUCGAGAUUUGGCCACUGAUCAACACUUUGCUCGAUACAAUGGGAAGCUCGACUUUUGUCUCGGAGAGAAUCUGCAAGUUUAUGAGGACGUUGAUGCAGUCUUACCGUAACGACUUUUAUCCUUUGCUUCCGGCAGUGGCUGAGAGAUUGGUGGAUAGCUUUGAGAAGCAUCAUUAUGGUUGCUAUCUGUGGGCUAGUGGUAUCUGUGUGCGUGAGUAUGGUAACGAGUACUCGGAUCAAUCUACUCAGGAGGCGGUUUGGAAUUUUGCCCUGCGCCAGAGCAUCUCGAUGUUUAAGUACAUGAGCACGAUCAAUAUUGCAGAUAUUCCUGAUGCUGUCGAGGAUUUAUUCAGACUACUUGCCAAUCUGAUGACAAACUACCCAUACCGAUUCCUGCAGUCUGAGCUGUGCAAGCCUUCGAUCGACGCCGCACUUGCGAUUUUCGCGAUUGAGAACAAAGAGCCUAUCUUUACGGCGAUAGACUUGCUGCACGACAUUUUCUCGUAUGGGUUCAAGACACCGCCGAGAUCGCACAUACUGUUUAAUGAGCCCGGAGACCAGUUCUACGAGGCCAACGAGGUUCCGCCUGAGAUCCAGGCGCUUGUGAAGCAGAUGAUUUAUACAGAGGGUGCGGUGUUCACGCAGCGUAUCUUUUCAGGACUCUUGUACACGUUUCCCAGAGACUGCGUAUCAGACGGAGUUAGUGUGCUGCUAGUCGUUCUGAGGCUUGCGGGUCUCCCUAGCUCGGUUCAGUGGGUUGAUGCGACGCUGAACAUGCUUCCUGCUGGAAGCAUUACGCCACAGGAGCGCGCAAAGUAUCUCCAGGAUAUCGAGAACGCGAUCCAGUCGGACGAUAUGAACAAGUUGAGGAGUCAGAGCAUGGAUCUUAUUGGCUGGUACACGCGCCGGAAUAUCACUCCACGGAGUGCUGUUCGCAGGAUUGGAGAUAUCAGGGAUAUGAAGUUCAGCUAUCAGUAGAAGUGGAUUGAAGACGGGGUCAGUAAAUAGGAGAGUACAGUGAAGGCCUGACGGCGAGAGAAGACAAGUUGUUUAUGUAACAUAUUUAUCUAACAGAGAUCCGAGGACUGCCACCCUUUUCUUGGCAAAGACCAAGGAUUUGGAGCAGUUCUUACUGAUAAUGGGAUGCCUCAGAGGUGACUAAGUCGAGGUCGAGUGAAACCUUGGCACAUAAAUAAGGAUCCCAGCGUGUCUGCAAUAAUAUCCUCCAUCAUUCAUACAAUACGCAACAAACAAUACGCAACAAGGACGAAGAAACACAAACAGCAGCUUCUACAAUUACAAAUCGUGCCAAG